UGUAUACAGCUGCGAAGCAUCACCCUGUGUAUGGGACACAAUCCAGCAUUGUAUCUUAUUAUUUUAGCAACAUAAAGCAGUGAGCAUCGCCUCCAACGCAGAAUGUGUCCAUAAAUCACCAUCUGCACAAAAUAAAAGGCUGCAAACUAUCUCAUCUUAAUACUGGGCACUAGAACGAAUAGACUCCUACAAGAUGGAGGAGUGUGAAAGAAAUCCCCUGGAGUUAACAGACUUUCAAUAUGAUGAGGCUAUAAAGGACGACUUGACAUGGUGGGAGGACAGUUCCCAGUUGUUGGAUACUGAUAUGGAUUAUGAGCGGCCAAACGUUGAGACAAUCAAGUGCGUUGUGGUUGGAGACAACGCAGUGGGUAAAACUCGACUGAUCUGUGCAAGAGCAUGCAAUGCUACCCUGACCCAAUACCAACUCCUAGCCACCCAUGUCCCAACCGUCUGGGCCAUAGAUCAGUACCGAGUAUGUCAGGAGGUAUUAGAGAGGUCCCGUGAUGUUGUUGAUGAUGUCAGUGUAUCAUUGCGCCUUUGGGAUACAUUUGGUGACCACCAUAAGGACAGACGUUUUGCCUAUGGAAGAUCAGAUGUGGUGGUUCUUUGCUUUUCCAUUGCCAAUCCUAAUUCUCUUCAGCAUGUUCAGACUAUGUGGUACCCUGAGAUUAAACAUUUCUGCCCUCGUGCACCAGUCAUCUUAGUAGGAUGCCAGCUUGACCUACGAUAUGCUGAUCUGGAGGCUGUGAACCGUGCACGACGUCCCCUUGCAAGGCCCAUACGUCCUCAGGAAAUUCUGCCACCAGAGAAGGGGCGUGAGGUUGCCAAAGAGUUGGGAAUACCCUACUAUGAGACCAGUGUUGUGGCACAGUGUGGAAUUAAGGAAGUAUUUGAUAAUGCCAUUCGAUCAGCACUCAUUUCUCGACGCCACUUGCAAUUCUGGAAGUCACACCUGCGGUCUGUGAGGCGACCACUUCCCCAGGUACCUUUUUUGCCUCCUAGACCACCUCCCCCUGUCAUUAUUGUUCCUGACCCACCAGCACAGAGUGAGGACCAUGCUGCAAGGCUACUAGAGGACGCAUCAUGUGCUGAUGUGGUGCUUGUCGUUCAAGAGAGAGUCCGCAUAUAUGCACAUCGCAUCUACCUCUCUACUGCCUCUUCUAAAUUCUGUGACCUUUUUCUUUUGGAGGAUGGAGAAACACAUGCCCUAGCCAGGGAUCCCCUGUUAAGAGCUUCAAGCUUUGAUGCAUGUGAGGGCCCUGGAGAAGUGGAGGGAGGGGGCAUGCGGACAUCAGCCAGUGAUGGAACUUUAGGGAGGGAGGGAGGUCGAGAUCUGUCAGGGUGGAGUCGGGCAUUUGAGAGCAUUAAUAGUGGAGUUUUUGAAGAACCACCAGGGUACAGGGCCAGAAAGGUCGCCGUAGUGAAAAUGGACAGCUCAGUGAGGCCUGGACCAUUCAGGGCAGUGCUGAAAUAUUUGUAUACAGGCAAGUUGGAUGAGAGGGAGCCUGAACUGAUGGAGGUAGCCCACAUUGCUGAACUGUUAGAAGUGUUUGACCUGCGUAUGAUGGUGGCAAAUAUCUUAAACCGGGAGGCCUUCAUGAACCAGGAGAUCACUAGGGCGUUCCAUGUAAGGAGAAGCAAUCGUGUCAAGGAGUGUUUGGCUAAAGGCACCUUCUCAGAUGUUACGUUUGUGCUUGAUGAUGGCAAUAUAAAAGCACACAAACCACUUCUAAUAUCAGGCUGUGAUUGGAUGGCAGCAAUGUUUGGAGGCCCCUUUCUGGAGAGCAGCACUACUGAGGUGGUUGUUCCAUACACCUCUAGAAGCAGUAUGCGUGCUGUACUAGAGUAUUUGUAUACUGGACAGUUUAGUGCAGGACCAGACCUAGAACCAUUAGACCUCAUCAUACUGGCAAACCGGCUUUGCCUUCCACACCUAGUGGCACUAACAGAGCAGCACACGGUGUCAGUCAUGCAGAAUGCAUCCUUGAAUGAUAAAGACAUUGAUGGAGAUGCUCUCAUGUUACUGGAAGCUGCACAGUUUCAUGGGGCUCAACAGCUGGCUGCAUGGUGUAUGCAUCACAUAUCAACCAACUACAACAGAGUGUGCAGGAAAUUUCCUCGAGAUAUACGUGCUGUGUCUGCAGAGAAUCAGCAGACCUUAGAGGCUCAACGCUGGCCUCCAGUGUGGUACCUGAAAGAAGAGGAUCACUUCCAGAGAGCGCAAAGAGAGCGAGAGAAAGAGAAUGCACUCCAUCAAAAGAGGCAGCCCAAGAGACGAUGGCUGUUCUGGAGCAGCUCCAACACAGGAUCUACUGCAUCCCAAACUCCCUCCUCUACUGUGGGUUAAAGCUUAACCUUCUGCUCUUUUAUCCCCAAAAGAUCACUGUGUUCACCAGUUAAAAACCGUUUGAGUUGGUGUAAAUUUAAUUUCCAAACCCUAAUUAUUCUAAAUGAUUUUCUCUUAUUAUAAUUUUGAUUAUAAUUUUUUUAUUAUUAUAUUUAAAUCCAUUUUUAUUAAUUGUGACCCAAUUGUAUUUGAUGUAAGUUCUUAAAACAGAUUUAUAUACCUAUGGCUCUGCAGUUACACAAAUGUAUGGACAUAACUAACUUUGAGUGGGAGUAUGUAUUAUUGUAGGGGGUUUAAUGAAUAUAUACCAGGGAUGUCCAAAUUUUAUCUAUUUUUUUAAAUAGAAUUUUGAAUGGAUAUUUUCUUCAGUCAAAUAGCUAUGAACAAAUUUUAGAAAUAUUAUUAUUCGAAUUAGAAAUCUAUAGCGCGUUAUACGGCAUUGCUAUACUUGUAUAAGUGUCAGAUUAUGUAUGCGCACAGCAACAGAAACAUAUACUUAGGAUUACAUCUGAGAAGACAGGAACAAGAAAAUAGAGACACACUCAACUGAGACAGAACAAAAGCUAGAAAAACUUCUGUGCUUGUCCACAAGGCUAGUGCCACUCAGGGUGCAGUCUUUUUUUUAGCACAUUAUGCCUUUCACAGAGAAAAAAAUAUCCUGUAGCAUAUCAGUCUGACCCUGCGCAAUGACAGUCCAGCGCAAUUCUUCUCUGAACAAGAGAAAACAACAAACCCCAGAUGUACGUUUCGGCCUCCCUUGGAACAAACAAGCUUUUCUCAUACAAAAUCGAGUUCUGGUGUUGCAAACUAAAGGGAGUAAAAGAGUGAUGAGAUCACAGUGUGGAUAGGCUCACAGCCAAAGGGGCAAUACUGCCAAAGGUAUUCAUGUUUCAGGCAGAAAUAUACAGUCUGAGCAAGUGGGGACCCACAUAAAAAGCACUGACAGACUGAAUUGUUGACUCUGGGCAUUACUUAGGACAACCCUGAUAUAUACACUGCAUGCGUGUGAUUGGAUUGUUACAAUGCACUGUAUGAUUGAACUGUAAAAUAUGUGUGUGGAUGACCGUGACGGAAUUAAAUAAACCUGUAUAUACUGGAUAUAUAUAUAGAGAGAGAGAGAGAAAUGGAAAUUUGAAUGUGUGUGUGACAUACAUAUAAUCAUUAGAGAUGGUGUUGCAGUAAAAAUGUAUACAAAUACUUAACUGGAUAUAAUACAGUGCUUCUUUAUUUAAAAAUAAAGAAAUAAUAUAUAUAUAUAUAUAUAUAUAUAUAUAAAAUCAAAGUAAACAUUAAAAGUAAACAUAUUGUGUUAAAAAAAGCAAAUAACUUAAUUUUCUUGUAAAAUUAGCACUUAGAAAUUAUCAGUGUAGCCCCUGCCUUCAGCUAGAUAAGCAAGCAGACAUUGCAAAACCUAUUUUUUGUAGGAAAGGUGGGCAAUAAACUGACUGGAGCUAGUUUAUAAUAUCUCAUAGCAACACUUAAAAAGAAAAAAAAACUAUGCCUUUGCCUUACUGAAGAGACCACAGCAUCCUUGAGGGCUGUGACAGGAAGUAAUGGGCGCUGUACAAAUUAAGUUAAAAAAAGUAAUUAAAGGUGAAAUUUGUUUAAAAUAUAUAUAUAUAUAUAUAUAUAUAUAUACACACACACACACACGUACAUAUAUACAUACCCAAAAAAUGCUCAAAUCCAGAAUUAUUCUGAAGUCUAGACUUUUUCAUUAUUAUUUAAAUAAAAAAAAAUAUAUAAUAAAUUACCAUUUUCCCAGAAAGUCAGAAUCUUCUCUGCCUUGAUCUAUGGUUUGGUUUUUGUGUUCUAAAAUGCGAAUGGUAGUCUAUAUUUAUUUAAAACAACAACUUUUACCUCUCUAAUUACAGUACUGUACUAUCUUUCCGAUGGUACUAUGUAUGCAAAACUAUUGAAUAUUAUAUAAAUAUACCUUUUGGUGAUUGUUUACACUUGGGGCAAGAUUUAUUACAAGGCAAAUGCCUCAAUCGGUUGCAGGCUCGCUCAUUUGAGCCUGCAAAUUUAUAUUUUUUGAAGCAGCGGUUUAAACCUCGGCUUCAUAAACCCUCUCAGCCAAACUUGUGUUGGCGGAUAAAAAUCACCCUGGAUUCAUUAGAUCAGUGUGAUUUUGACAAGCUCUACUCUCACUUAAUUGGUUGCAUGAGGAUAGGGGGCCGGUAUUGCCCGAGUGUUCCCUCAUGAUAAAUAUGGGGAACACAUUCGCCCCACAAUGUGCAAUAAGAUGCAGACAGGAUCACAACAUGUGAAUCCUGCCCGCUCGCAAUUUGAUAAAUCUUGCCCUUGGUGCCAACACCUCUCCAAGCUGUAUCAUUUUACAGAUGCAAAUAUUCCAAAAUCCAAACUAUUUUGAAAUACAAAGGCUUAAUGUCCCAAGUAGUUUGGCUAAAGGAUUUUCUUUUUUACCUGUUUGUGUGUGUGUAUGUGUAUAUAAAAAAAAUAAUUAUAUAUAUAUAUAUAUAUAUAUAUAUAUAUAUAUAUAUAUAGGCAUGCAGUUUCUAUUAACCGUUCAGGAUGGUUGAGUAGAGUAAAUAUCCAUUUGUCCUUGGAUAUGCACACUUUUAAAGGGACAUAAUACCCAAAUGUUGAAGCACUUGAAAGUGCUGCAGCAUAGCUGUAAAAAGCUGACUAGAAUAUAUCACCUGAAUAUCUCUAUGUAAAAAAGGAAGAUAUUUUACCUCAAAAUUUCUUCAGUAGCCACAUCCCAUUGUAAAGGGACUUUAAGCAGCCAAUAAGGAUGCUUGUUCUGGGACUUGCAAGGGAGUGUGCAUUCUAACAUGUUAUAUAAAGCAAAGCAUGACCUCAGCACUGCUGAUUCAGAUUGGCUUUUGUUUGUUUUUUCUUCAACUUUCAAUCUGGACAGUAGCUGAAGGAUAACUGUUCACAGAAAAUGUUCUCUUGUUAGAUGAAGACAUUUUGAGGUAAAAUAUCUUAAUUUUGCACAUAGAGUUGUUCAUGUAAUAUAUUGUUGUCCUCUAUUUACAGUUAUACUGCAUCACUUUCAGGUGAUCUAGCACAAUCAUUAUGUUCUGGUAAUAUGCCUCUGACUGUGUCUCCAUUGCUAUUUGUGUAUCGGUGUGACCGCCACAGAAUAUGUUUGUUUAAAUGUGUGGAUAUCUAUAUUUGUAUGGACAUGUGGAUACAUAUGUUGUAUGCCUGCAUUAAUAUUUGUCAGUAUGAAUAGAGCUGUAUAUACAUCUGUAUAGCUAACAGAUUGUGUGUACCUGAGUUGCAUACUUUCACAUACUGUUACCUGUCACAGUCUGUGUAUCUUUCAUAUGUUCAAUGGAUGCUGCUUGGGGGAGGAGACUAUAUAAAAUUGCCUCUGUAUAUUUGGGCUGAAUUUUCUGUUUACAUAAAGAAUGUUUUAUAAUAAAAAUCUACAUCACUAAAAUGUGUUUGUUUAUACUACAUAUAACUUCAUAAACCAAUUUCUGUGCAAAUAUCAUUUA